AUGGCUGUUUAUGGCGAUAAGAAGCAUUGGUGGCUCCGUAACAAAAAGAUCGUUGAUAAAUACAUGAAGGAAGCGAGGAAUUUAAUAUCGAGUCAAGAUCCAAACGACGUUAAAUCGGCUUUAAAUCUGAUCGAAUCUGCACUUUCUCUAUCUCCACGUUACGAACUCGCUCUCGAACUCAAAGCUAGAUCUCUUCUCUACCUUCGUAGAUUCAAUGACGUCGCCGAUAUGCUUCAGGAUUACAUCCCAAGCCUUAAAUUAGCCUUUUCCGGCGAAGAUUCCGGUAUCGGUUCGUCGGAGAUUUCUUCGUCUCGUGAAUCGGUCAAACUUUUGAACGAUUUACCGAGUCAUUAUGACUCGUCUUUUAAAUGCUUCUCUGUCUCUGAUUUGAAGAAGAAAGUUGUGGCAGGUCUUAGUAAAAACUGUAACGAACAAGGGCAAUGGAGAUAUUUGGUGUUAGGUCAAGCUUGUUGCCAUUUAGGUUUGAUGGAGGAUGCGAUGGUUCUUCUCCAGACCGGCAAACGAUUAGCCACAGCCGCGUUUCGCCGUCAAAGCAUCUGUUUAUCCGACGAUAGUUUCAUUCUAUUCUCCUCCGGCGACGGAAAUUCCUCUCCUCCUUCCUCCGUCGUCGUCUCGUCCUCAUCUCAGCCACGAUCUCUAACCGAAUCAGAAAGCGUCGCUCACGUUUUAUCUCACAUAAAGCUUCUCUUACGACGCCGAGCAGCCGCACUCGCCGCUCUCGACGCCGGGCUUUACUCGGAAUCAAUCCGUCAUUUCUCCAAAAUUUUAGAUAGCCGCCGUGGUGCUCCGAAAGGAUUCGUCGCCGGUUGCUUUAUGCACCGUGCCUCCGCUUACAGAUCCGCCGGGAGAAUCGCAGAAUCAAUCGCCGAUUGUAACAAAACCUUAGCGUUAGAUCCGUCGUGCCUCCAAGCAUUGGAAACCAGAGCCGCGUUGCUCGAAUCCGUUCGGUGUUUUCCAGAUUCGCUUCACGAUUUAGAACAUUUGAAACUCCUCUACAAUUCAAUCUUACGUGACCGGAAAUUACCAGGUCCGGUUUGGAAACGGCACAAUGUCCGGUACAGAGAAAUACCGGGGAAGCUAUGCGUGUUGACGUCGAAAAUCCAGCAGUUGAAGCAGAAAAUCGCAAACGGAGAGAUUGGAAACGUCGAUUACUACGCUCUGAUGGGAAUCAAACGCGAUUGUUCGAGAUCAGAGCUUGAUCGAGCUUACUUGCUACUCAAUUUAAAACAUAAACCGGAGAGAUCAAUGUCGUUUAUUGACCGGUUUGAGUUAACCGAUGACGAAGAAGAAUUAGACUCGGUUAAAGACCGAGCUAGAAUGUCAACUCUGUUACUAUACAGAUUGAUCCAGAAAGGUUACGCUGUCGUGACGAGUAAUAUCACGACGGAACAAGCAGCGGAGAAACAACGGAAAUCGGUUGCGGCUGAAACGCCAAUUAGAGCGGGGAAUACGAAUGUGGUGAAAGGAGUGUUUUGUAGAGAUUUGACUGUGGUUGGGAGUUUGAUAGCAAGGACCGGGUUUAAUCAACCGAUUCCGGUUAAAUACGAAGCGCUUAGUUGCUGA